AUGAACCGGUCUCUACAUAACACCAGCAAUGACUUCUACGCAAUCAAAGAAUUUUUGCCGUGGAACAACCCUUCCAAUAUAAUAUCCUACGAUGCCUAUUAUAAAAUGGCAUAUUAUUUUAACAAUAUUUUGAAACCAUUGGUUCUUGUCAUUGCCAUACCAACCAGCAUCAUCAGUGGUCUGGUGUUCAAAAGUCAAGGACUGAAAGAGCGCAUGAACCUCUGUCUCCUGGUUCUGACCCUUGUGGACAUGACCUUUGUCUGCUACUCCAUGGUAUUCACGAUGACAUUUUGGAUUAGAAUACUGAUGCCGGUGUUGGGAGAAGAGGUUUACACCAAAGCUCAGUAUUAUGCCAUGAAUGUCAACUAUGGGUUGAGAGAGACUUCAGCCUGUAUCAGUGGACUGAUUGCUGUGGAGCGGUGUGUCUGUGUGGUCCUUCCAUUCCACGCACACUUCCUCAUGAGCACCAGAACCAUGGGAAUUUUACUGGUUGCCAUGGUUAUCACGAUGCAGUUGGCUUUUAUUACAACACCUUUGAAGAGGUAUGUAUUUGCUGUGUAUGAUAACACCACGGACACCCUCAGGUGGACGGUUGCUGUGUCCGAUGCCUGGCACAGAAGUGAAGGACUGAUGCUCUACGACAAAGCGGAAGACACCUUCAUGCUGAUUCUUCUACCUCUCGUCAUCUUUUUCGUCGUGUCUGGGUCAACAGUUAUCACAGUAGUCAAGCUGAGGUCUGCGUUAUCAUGGAGGGAUGUAGUAAGCUCCAGUAAAGACAGUGUCAGUCAACAGGUGGCGCUGACUCGCAUUCUUGUGCUUGUCUCCGGCGUCUUCAUCGCCAGCAAGGCGCCGUGGGUUGUCAUAACAUUGGUUCGAUUCUUCUACCCCGACUUCUCGCCCACCGGGACCCAGUCCAACAUUUAUCGCGCCUCGGAUCUCAUAGCUCAUUACUGCCUCUACUUUCACAGUUCCAUCAAUUUCUUCAUUUACUACUCGAGAUCUUCAAAGUUCCGGCUUCAUCUCUCCAGACUGUGCCAGUGCUCACACAGUCCUCCUGUCCUACCUGACAACGUAGUAGAAGACUGUACAAAAACGAAACUGAAGAUGAAACCCUGGGUAGGAGGACUCAAUCCCAGCCUAAACCCUCCUUACUCAGAAUGA